AUGAUGAAGGAACUAUUGUCCAAUGUGAAUACAGGCAUCGAGCUGACGGCUCAGGAUGACACAAACCCCUCAGAAAUUCCACCUGCAAUGGUGAACAAGGAUGGGAAUGGUGUCUCUCUUCCUAGUCUUGUCGAAGUCGUCCAAAGCGAGCCAGGUGAUGAUUGUGGAGAGGAGACGCGUAAGUCUGAAGAGAUUUUUCCGACAGCGGAGAAUUUUUCGAUACCAGAUCGUCGUACGGCGUUUAGUGCAAGAGGUGCACAAUCUCGCGUGGAAGUCGGUGCACACAGAGAUAAGGAUGGCCAAGGUAGUCUACAGACACCGCAACCGCAACCUUUAUUGAAUCCACGGUUGUUCGAAUUUUGGUGUGAAUAG